AUGCUAUCAGGAGAAAGGACUAGUUGUAAGUCACGUGUUUUCUUGGGUUUGGCAGGGACUCUUAGCAGGAAGGGAUAUUCUAAAGGAAGUGUGAAUAUUGUUGCUGAUUUGUUUGACCAUCAAAGAAAUGGGUGGAAUCUUCAGUUAGUGCAAAGUUUAUUCAACCCCAUUCAGGCUAAGGAAAUUCUAUCUAUUCCCAUUGCAUCCUCUGGUUUUGUAGAUUCUCUUGUUUGGCACUUUGAAAGAAAUGGGCGCUAUUCUAUACGGUUAGGGUACAAAUUGCUAGUGAAUUUAGAACGACGUGUAAUUAGAGAUGAUCAGUCAACUAAUUCAUAUUUUUUUCCUCCUCGUCUAUGGGUCAAGACUUGGGGUUUGCAGAUUCAGCCUAAGAUAAAGGUCUUUCUAUGGAAAGCCAUUUUUAACGCUCUUCUUGUUAAGGAAAAUCUGUUGAAACAAGGUAUCAACAUUGAUUUGGUCUGCUCCAUUUGCAAUAAAGCCAUUGAAUUGGUGGAACAGGCUUUAUUUCUGUGUGAUCAUGUGAAAGCAAUAUGGUUCUCCAGCCCUUGUUCCUAUAAGCCCAAUCAUGCAAUCUGGAAAGAAAGAAAUAAAGUUGUCUUGGAGCAUAAACAGCCAGAUCCUUUAGUGGUGUCAAAACAUAUAGCUUUCUUUUUAAUGGAACAGCAGCAAGAGCCUCCUUUAGCUGUUGCUUCUCAAUCAAUUCCAAUGCAGAAGCAAUUUCCAAGCAGAUGGGAACUCCCUCCUGUGGGUAUCUUGAAAUUAAAUUGUGAUACUUCUUGGAAACUAGAUGUUGAUUUAACAGCUAUUGCAGUGAUUGCCAGAAACUCUAAUGGUAUUUUAAUGCAUGGAAUUGCUGAAAGAGUGUAUUGCUCUUGUCCUCUAGCAGGCGAAGCUCAAGCUAUGUUGGAAGCCCUUCGGUUCGCUGCUGCAAUGGGCAUAUCAUCUUUCAUCAUUAAAACAGACUCAGCCACUGUUUACUCUGCAAUGGUGAACUCUCACAAGGAUGUUGAUUGGGAAAUUCAGGCAACGAUAAAUCUCAUGAGAUAUCUUGUUCCUUUUUUCGGUCAGGUCCAUUUUUCUUUAGUAAAUAGGGGAGCUAAUUCUGUUGCUGACAUAGUUGCUAAGUUGUGUCUUAAGAAUCUCCUCCCAUGUAAUUGGCUAGUUGAUACACCGGCUGAAAUUCUUAAUUUUUUGUACUCUGAUGCCUUGGUGGCCUUGUAA